GAAAACAGAUAAACAAACUAAUCGGACGAAACUUUUUGAGGGGAACCGCAUAGAAAAAGCCACUGACCAUGUCGGCCACGGAUAUGGAUCCGCCGAGCAAGAUGGAACUGGACGGUGACCCCGAGGGCCUGCCCGGGGAAUCGGAGGUGGCGGAAGCCAUGGCCGCGGCCCCCUUAUCAGCGCGGCGCAACAAGCCCUACUUCAAGAAGUUUAAGGAACCCGACUCCGAUGAGGAAGUGGGCGAUCCGCGCAACCUCUUCAAUGUCCAGGAGUCCUGGCGAACGCUCAUGUCACUGUCCAGUUGCCAAAAGGUCAUGGUUUCCGACAAAGUCCAGAAGGCCUUGAAGAUCGAGGUGGGCAUCAAUGUGACCCAGGAGUUCCCAUGGAAGCAGGUGCAGUUCAAGGAUCUGCGCGACGUGCUCUUCGACGAACUGGAGAACUCCGCCGAGCUGAUGAAGAAGUUCAAGAACUUCAAUCCGGACCACUAUGUUCUGAUGGGCUUCUGUCCUCUGCUGACCGAACAGGACGAUGAUCCUCCCGAGGGCGACCCCUUCAUCUUCUACUCGAGCAUCAAGGAGUCCAAAAUGGCGCUGAGUAUUAUCCAGAACAUGGAACACUUUGACCGUUGGCGGAUGCAGCGGCGCCUCAGGAAGAAGCCACGUCGUUGGGUCAGCCAUGGCACCGAUGAGGAGAUGACCAUCCUGGUGGAGCGCUUCAAGGACGAGCCCAUCGACGUGGAGAUCCAGAGCGUCUACCCCAUUCAGAUGCCGCGGCACGUGGCCUUCGACUACAGGAUGACCCGCGAUGUCAGGGAUGGAGUGAUCGAGCUGUUGCCCAACGAAAAUAUAAAAUGGGACAAUGUGAUCAAGAAGAGGAUCAAUGUGUCGGUCCAGUCCGCUCCCCCCAAGAUCGAUAGGGAACAGCAAACCAAUCCCACUUUUCCCUCAAACGCCUGGUCGCAGUAUCUCUAUGAGAUCGAUGAUGAAGACCUGGAGCUGGACGAAACGGAUGUGGACGAGGAGGAGGAGAAGAAGAAGGCCCAAGCCAAGCCGGGAACUUAUGUGGAGCCGGAGAAACCACCGCCCGAAAUGUCCGCCCAGAUCGAAAUGCUGCUCAAUACCCUGGAGUUCAAUCAGAUCGAUAGUUACCGCGACGACUAUACUAUGAUAUCCUCGAGGCAAGUGGUUCAGUAUACAAAUCCGUACUUGCAGGAGUUCCUUUGUUUUGCGAACAUCUCGAAGAGCAACAAGCGCUUUGUGGCGGGCUACGACUGGUAUCCAAAGUUGUCCGGACUGAUAGCAGUGUCCUAUGCCUUCAGUACGCCAGCUACCAUAAAUGAGGCCAGCAAUCGGGUGGACUACGUGCAGAGAGCCGUUCUGGAGCCCAAUCCCGUGCUGCUAUGGAGCUUUUCGGAUAACCUAAACUACAAGUUGGAGUUCGAGGCUCCCAUUGAGAACACAGCCCUGACCUUUUGCCCUUUCAAUGGGGACAUCCUGCUGGGAGGCAGCAAGAAUGGUCAGGUGGUGCUGUGGGAUCUGCAGGGAAGAUGCGAGAAGCUGGACGAGGAGGAGUACUUGACGGCUGCCCAGGCCAAGUACCGGGUGAUGAUUGGCGAGUUCCUCAACUGGACCAUUGACAUAGAGGACAAUGUCAUAGCCCCGGCCACCAUUUCCUCGUUGGACUGCUCCCCGAAAGGUGCCAUCACGGGAUUCUAUUGGCUGGGUCGUUCGAUAUAUCUGAGUCAGUUCGGAAAGGUUUACAAUGACACGGAUAUCCGGAACCACCACAAGUUCUUUGUCACCUGCGCCUUCGAUGGCACCAUUAGCUUCUGGGAUCUCGAUGGUAAGGGAGCGAAAGGUGGAAAGGAGAAGAUGCGCAACCGAAUGCUGCCCAAGCAAUUGACCCAAAGCGAGUCUGCCUUCAAGUCGCUGGCCAUCAAGCCCACCUAUAACCUUUAUUUCCCCGAACCGCUCACGGGAAUCAUAGCGGACACCUCGUGUUUUUCGUGCUUAACCCCAGUUGCGCGAUUGAUUCACGCCAAUCCUUCGAAUUAUCCCAUUAAGACGAUUGCCAAGGACCCGCCCACUAUGCGCCAGAGCAUGAUAGUGUCCACUUUUUAUGGUCAUGUCAGCCGGAUCGAUUGGCAGGGCACCUAUACGGAGGGGGAACCCACGGAGCUGAUCAACAGUUCGACUCCCUUUGCCAUGGUCCACGAUGGACCCGUGGUGAUGGUGAAGAAGAAUCCCUUCUACCCGGAGCUAUUCGCCUCCAUUGGGCGCACUAUUUUGGCCAUUUGGAAGGAGGACUACAACUAUUCACCCAUCUUCUGGCGGCAGAGAGCCUGCGACCUCACCGCCGUCGCCUGGAGUGAAACUCGUCCGGCGGUUUUGUAUCUGACCAGGAUCGAUGGUAUUCUCGAGGCCUGGGAUAUAUUGGCUCGCGAUGAUGACGCCUGCCUAACGGAGAUCCUCGGCGGUGGUAUUAUAACUGGGAUCACAGAGCAUAAGCCCUCGCUUCCUUAUAAGAUCUUGGGCAUCGGUGACUAUAAUAGUAGCAUCAGGAUGGUUAAGUUGCCGCACUCCUUUGAUGUGCCGCUGCCCAAUGAACUCCAGCAGUUGAUGAACUACGUCCUGAAGGAGGAGCGCCGCAAGGUGGGCAUCCAGGCGUGGGAACAGAAGUACUAUGAGCUCAACAAGGACAUCAUAGAGGCGAAGAGGGAGGCGGAGGCGGAGACCCGUAAGGAAAUGGAGAGGCUGGAAAGGGAGGAGCAGCUGGCCACCAGGAAAAAGGGGCACAAGGCCGCUGAGGAAGGAGGUGGAGGAGGAGAAGAGCACAAAAAAAAGCCCUAUAGCGGCCUUAAUUACAACGAGAAAAUGGCCGUGAUGUGGGACGAACUGAAUCUAAACCGGAUGAUGACCAUCCUUAUGUCCCGUAAACAGAUGGAUCCCGAGAAGUUGGCCCGGGAAACGGCGCUGGAGAAGGAGCGGCACGCCUACGAGGCGGCCAAGAAGAAGUCCCACUCGGAUAUCCUGGCCAGGGUGGAGAAUGAUAUCGCUGCCAUCCGGGCGAGGAUCCUUCCAGCUGAGAUCCCCGACAUGCAGCGCAGCGAGAUGAUCGCGGAACGGGUGAAGCGAGAGGUGGAGAGUGCUGACACCUACGAGCAGGUGUGCGAGGAUUCCUUUGAGAUACUGAGCAAGUUCAACGAGUUCAAGUCGAUCGAUUACAUUGAGUUCCUGGAGCGCGGUCGCCAGAGGCGUCGGUUGUUGGAUCAAUCCCUGGGUGGGAAUACAGAUCGUCUGCUGUGGUACGAGGAGAGGGUCCGGCUGGGCGAACUGGGCGAGUGCCAGUUCGGCUACGAGUCCGUCAGUGGAACUCAGGCGGAGGAGUCGAGUCAAACCGAGUUUACGGCCACCAAGUUUAUGUUGCCGGGAUCAGCCAGCGAUAUUGUUGCAGAUCCCAUAGUAGAAUAAUCUGAAGGCUAAUGAAUUCGAUUCUUUCUUGGUUAAUGUCAGCGAAUUAAAUAUUUUUUAAAUACCAAAAUGUUUUAGCUUGAGCAAUAAAAAAGUAAUUGAAAAAGUA